UAGAGAGGGUAAUAUGGAAGAGGAGGCCAAAACAGCCCAUGUACUUGUAGUUCCUUUUCCAGGCCAAGGGCACUUGAACCCUAUGCUGCAAUUCUCCAGGCGUUUGGUUUCCAAAGGGCUACACGGCACCUUCGUGGUAACCACUUACAUUUCCAGGUCCAAGAAUCUUUCUUCAUCUACAGACCCUCUGCGAUUCGAUACCAUAUCCGACGGCUUUGAUGAAGGUGGCUCUAAACAAGCUGCUUCCAUGGAAGCCUAUCUUUCUAGUCUACAUAGCACUGGUCGAAAAACCCUAACGGAUCUCCUCAAGAAACAUCAAAGCUCUUCAAAUCCUAUUGAUUAUGUCAUAUGUGAGCCUUUCCUGUUAUGGGCUCUGGACGUAGAAAAAAAUUUUGGCUUGGUUGCAGCUGGUUUUUUCACUCAUGCUUGCGCAGUUGAUAAUAUUUUCUACAAUUUUUACCGGAAAAUGUCGCCGGAUCCCGUUUCUGGGCCGGUGUCCAUGAAGGGUUUGCCGACGCUAGAACUUCAGGACCUGCCGUCGUUCAUUGUUCCGCCGGAAUCAUAUCCUGCCAACUUGAAGAUGAUAAUGAGUCAAUUUGCUAAUAUUGAGAAGGCUGAUUUUGUUCUCAUAUAUACAUUCUACAAGCUGGGGUCCGAGGUGGUGGAAACAAGGUCAAAAAUUUGUUCCUUGUUAACAAUUGGGCCAACAAUUCCAUCAUUUUAUUUGGACAAGAGAAUACAAAAAGAUGAUGAUUACGGUAUCGAUCUCCAUACAAUUGAUGCAUCAAUUUCCAUCUCUUGGCUUAACAUGAAACCAGCUGGGUCAGUUGUAUAUGUGUCAUUUGGGAGUAUAGACAACAUAAAUGAAAAACAAAUGGAAGAAAUUGCAUGGGGUUUGAAGAGAAGCAAUUUCUACUUCUUGUGGGUUGUUAAGAUUUCUGAAGAAGCAAAGCUCCCAAAAGGGUUUGCAGAGGAGGUGGCAGACAAGGGAUUGAUAGUGAAUUGGAGUCCUCUAGUGAAAGUGUUAGCAAGUGAAGCUGUAGGAUGUUUCUUAACACAUUGUGGUUGGAACUCAACCAUAGAGGCAUUGAGUUUGGGUGUACCAAUGGUCACAUUGCCUAGAUGGAGUGACCAACCAACGAAUGCCAAGUUUGUUGAGGACGUAUGGAGGGUAGGAAUUAGAGCAAAGGUUGAUGGUGAUCCCAUUGUGAAAAGAGAAGAGAUUGAAUUUUGUAUAAAAGAAGCAAUGGAGGAUGUUAAAAGGAAUGAAAUGAUGAAGAAUUCUGAAAAAUGGAGAGAGUUGGCCAUUGAAGCUGUCAACGAAGGUGGUACUUCUGAUAGAAAUAUUGAUAAACUCGUAUCCCAGUUUAUAAACUCUUAAAUAUUAAUUAUCUUGCUAAGUUUUUCCUGAUUUAAUUUUAAUAUUAAUAUCAUUUGCUUAUAUAAAAAAAAAUCUAAAU